AUGGGCGAGCAGAGAUGGGCUCUUCCACUGCAUGCUCACCGGCCUCCCGUGACCGACCAGUACAUAAUUGCGUGCACGGGAUUAGUCAGUGGCCACUCAGGCACCCCUUCCGACAUCUCUCCUCACUUUCCGCUGUUCCCGAUUACGAUCUACCUGAAUUCGGCUGUUACCGUAGAGACGAGUUUUAAGCCUACAUGCCUUUGCCCCUGUCGAGGUGGCGACGAAAUCGUGCGGAGGGGUCCUGGGAGUCUAUAG